ACAUUAUCAUGAUGGUAAAUUAAAGAUGCAUUGCCUAACUUUUAGAAAGAUCUCUUGACACAAAUGCAAUAUAAUAUAUACAUAACUAAAUUAUCAGUGGUGUAUAAAAAUCUUACAAAAUGAACUGUAUUGUUUUUAUUACACUGAAAAAAAAUCUCUGGUUGCACAUGAUUGAAUUAAGUUUUCUUAAAAUAAUUUUUCUUAAAAAUAUUGUUGGAUCUACGUAAUUUAAUUAUGUACAACAGUUGAAGUAAUUAAAUAAUAUCUUAAAGUGGAAUUUAUUUUAAUUAAUGUUAAUUUUUAUUUGAAGAAAACCAAAUUUAAUCAUAUGCAACCGAUGUCCAGAAGUUUUUUUCCAGUGUACCUAAGAAUGAACCGUUUUUAUCUGCAUACACCGCGGCCCCCCUUACAUGGAAGUCAACUAAGCUAGCCCUAAAACUGUCCUGUGGCGACUGUGAGCAAUGGGCUGAGUGGCUGUUUGCAAUUCACAGUCUUACCACUAGCUAAAAAUCACACACUGGUCCUUUAAGACUUGUCCUUUAAAGGGGACAUAUCACGAAAAUCUGACUUUUUCCAUGUUUAAGUGCUAUAAUUGGGUCCCCAGUGCUUCUAUCAACCUAGAAAAUGUAAAAAAGAUCCACCCAGUAACUUAGUUUUGGUAAACCAUUCUCUGCAAGCAUGUGAAAGAAUAGGUCAUUCAAAUUUGGCUCCCUUUGUGAUGUCAGAAGGGGAUAAUACCAUCUUUUAAUCUGCACUAUCCAACCACAGCACUGCCAUUUAGUGCAGAGAUCAGCUUAUCUGCAUUUAAAUGACACACCCAAAAACGCCACAUUUUUGUUCACACCUACAAAAUGCCAGUUUUAACCUUAUAAUAAAUCAUCUAUAUAUGAUAUUUUGAGCUAAAACUUCACGUAUGUACUCUGGGGACCCCAAAGACUUAUUUGACAUCUUAAAAUUGUCCCGCUGUAAAAUGUCCCCUUAAAAUAAACUGAGGUUUAAGAACGAAUUAAGGAUCAGCUUCAUUUACUGAAAUGUUGCUCAUCUGUCAACAGUUAAUAUCUAUUAGUUUGUAUGCAAAAGAUUCAACUUAAACUAUGCUUAAAAUGUUAACUUUGUUUUCACUUACAAAACAAUGAGAUGGAUACCAUUAGAAACCCAUAUCUACUUGUGAAGACAAUAAAGCACUCAACAUAAGAUUGAACACCAGCAAUGCAAAUAUUGUAGAAUAGAGUAAUAGGUAGAAUUAAAUUGAUAGUUUUUAUCAAUUUAGUUUAUUGUUUAUAUUAUUUUACAUGUUCAAGUAUAAUUACGAUAAGAAAAUAAAUAAUGAAACACAGAUGUAUUUACUCACACCUACAGGCUGCUUUAAAAGAAACUCAGAUUCUAUAACAUUGUAUUUUUGUUUUGUCAUUUUUUUGUGUGUGUGUGACUUUUCAUGUCCAAAUGUCUGAAUUUCUGACUUAGCUUUUUGUUGCAGUUUUAUUCAGAACAAAUAUUUUGAUAUAAAGUGUUAUGCUUUUGCUUUGUCCCUCUCUGGUAGAGGGAAUGUUGUUAUUUUCAGUAUUUGUCCUCAGUAUAACAUCAAGAAUAUUGUGAUUUUAAUCAAACAUUUUAAUGACUUAAAGAAUUAAUAAGAUAGAGCAAAAUGUUACAUAAACACUUUGUAAAUCUCAGAAGUAUUGCAAUAAAAAUGUUGACUAACAAAUACAAGACUGAUGUAUCAAUUGGCAUCAUCCUCAAAUUAUUGUUCAAAAAGAUUUCAUGUUUUUGUACAUUAAAAAGCACCUUUUUCAUUGCUAAAACAAUGUUAUUUUGUUUAUUUGGUAUAUUGCAAUGUGUUCACGUGCUUUAUGGUUAAAAACACAUUAUUUUCCAAAUACCGUACAUUUUUGUAGCUCCAGAUUUCACUCUCUUCUUGAAACGCACAGAUUUAAAAAGCUCUGUGUACGUUGUGAUUGGUCACAAACAAUGCAAUGCUAACAGGAGUAAACUUACAACUGUGAGUCCGAAAAUCAUUUAGUUUUACAUAAGCUUAUUUAAAUCUAAUAAAUGGUCAGUUGAUAUGUCAAUGAGAUACAGAGGUUUUUCUUUCACUUUCCGAAUGUUCAGCUUUAUAUAAAAAAUAUGGAUUUGUGUUUGCACAUUUUUGUAAACUGUUGAAUUCCCCUCUUUAGUAUCUUCAUGCAAUCUUUUACCAACAUAUCUACAAAUAAUUAGCAAGACUGAGUACUGUUACCCUGAACCUGGUGGCAGUUACAUACCACUAAACAAGGACAGGACUUUCUUAAACGUUAUGCAUAUUGUAAAGUACUGUUGACCAGACUCAAUCACAACCAGUUUGUGACUUUGAUACCUCUCACCCUAUGACUCUCUCCCCAGUGCCUAAUAGAGUUACCAGCAUAUAACAGGCAUGCAGAGAGGAGUGAAUGAGACACUGAGUGUUGGGGUGGAUUAUCCCAGUGCCCGUGUCCAUGGUUAACUGGGCAGCCAUAGACUUCCUAAUGGGAUGAGGGUAGAGCGGAACAGUAGGUGAGGCCCAUCUGAUUCCUCUCAGUUUCAGUUGAUCUCUUCCUCCUGCCCUGAGGCUAGACAGUGUUCCCAUAUAAAAUCCUAUAAUAUUACAGUAUAGUACAGUGCAUAACAGGAACUUUUCCACAGUUUAUUAAAUUAUAUUUAAGAAUGAUCAAGUCACACAUAUAUAUUUUAAAAAGCUUAAUUGAGCAUGACCUCAUUCUUUUAACCUUGUUAAGUGCUGUAAAUAAUUUGGGAUCUUUCAAAUGCACAGUGCAAAUUUCCAUUCUGGUAAAUUAGUCCACGAUUGAGUUCAUACAAGAGCUGAGUGUGCUACGUAAUUGAAUGGACAUUGUUUUCAGCGUGUGGCUGAACAGCUUUAUAACAGUCUAUUAUGUACGAUCAACCCUUGACCUGUUUGCUCUGUUUUGACACUGCCUGUUUAAAUAUUUCACUAACUGCACUUCCUUUCAAUUAGUAUAAUGUGAGGGGGUCCUGGGCAGCCUUCUCACUUCAUUAAGCAUGCAGAUCUAUUCAUAUACUGCUUCAUAUGCAAAUCACUGCUAAUUGAAUCAGUUCGCUGCAUGUUUUCUUGGGUUAAGGAGUUCUUUGGAUUUGACCACACAGGGUGAGAGUUAUUUUUCCGAACUUCUAAACAUUUUCCCAACCCAGGAAGUAAAGUAACUAAACAACAAAGAUUAUUUAGUAGGAAGAGCUAUUUUUUUCUGUGCAAUUGAAAAAAAAAUGCUGGGUUAUUUUCAAACAAGCGUUUGGUCGAAAGGGUAAAGAACCCAACAUGUUGAGUUGUAAUUUUUGUGUGUGCAAAUAAACACAAAUACUGGAAUUUCCAUGUCUAUACAAUCUAAAAAUGUCUGGGUUGUUUUUGACCAAUAUGGGUAAAUAUUGGACAGAACACACUGCAAGGUUAAAAUUGACCCAAUCAUGGGUUUAAACCCAGCUGCUGGGUUAUUAUACCCCAUGAUUGCAUAACAACAACCUUAUAUUGGUCUUUUUUUAACCCAGCAUGUAUUCUGUCCAAUAUUUACCCAUUAUUGGUCCAAAAUAACCUAGCCAUUUUUGAGUUUAACAACCAUAUGUAGCCUAUCUGUUGAUCAGCAGUUCUGUUAGGUUUAUGUUGUCUUUAAAUAAAUUAAUGUUUUGCAUAUUAAGAUACUAUAACUAAUUGUUUGCUAUAGGGGUCACACAUUGUUAAGAAGGGACAAACCCAGCUAUUUGGAUGAUUUACCCCGAAAAUGUUUAUAUUUGACUUAAUAAUGGGUUAAUAACAACCCAGCAUAGGUUAAAUUACAACCCAACGAGUUUGAUUGAGUAACACGAGUAAACGACGCUGAUGUUUAUGAUUGAACUCUCCUGUGGUGCUCCGAUAAAGUCAUAUUUUUUCUCAAAUAAAUAUCAGCGCACUUCCGUUUAACUAUUGGUUCAUUAGAGACCCACCUGUCUUUCACUGGCGAGAGCGCGCACGCGUCGGGAGCGAGCUCUUGUGGUGUCCGCGCGUGUAUGAAUAAUGAAUGAGCUCUGCGCUGUCCGCUGGUGCUGAAGCUGAACACCGGACAGUCACAUUCAUUCUCACUGUGAACGUGGACGUGACCAGCAGGGUCCAGCUGGAUUAAAAGCGUGGUUGUGUUAAAGAUGUUAUGAUAAGUUUAAAUUCGGGCAGGAAAAUAACAAGUUAUACGUUUACUUUUCCACUUUAUAUUCGUUUCAUAGACCAAAGAAGAAGCUGUUUGUAGUUUCUGACAGGAUUUACAGAAGAAAAUGAAGCCGCGGAUUGUACUGACCUUCCUGACGUUUAUCUGUUCUGUCUUAGGGAUGUGUAAUGGUUCUGAGCUGGCUUUCAUUACGGAACCCAGCGAUGUGAUCGCGGUACGGGACAGACCUCUUAUGCUGGACUGCAGUGUGGAAGGAGAGAGUCCCAUCACAAUCACGUGGCAUAGGAACGGAGCGCCACUGCGUACGGAGUUGGGCAGUCGGGCAAAGGUCCUCUCCAACGGCACGCUCCUGAUCCGCAGUUUUCAGAAGAGGCGAGAUGGAGACGCUACAGAUGCUGGAGAAUAUUACUGCGCUGCGCAGAAUCACUAUGGCAUGCUGGUCAGCCGCAAGGCCCGAGUGCAGCUUGCAUCUCUUCCAAAAUUCCACACUCAUCCAGAGUCCAUGUCAGUAGAUGAGAGAGGGGUCGCGCGUUUCCAGUGCCAGGUCAGCGGGAUACCUGAAGCCAACAUCACUUGGGAAAAAGAUCGUGCUGCACUUGGAACAUCUGAUGAAAGGUACACGCUUCUCCCGAUGGGAAUUCUGCAGAUUACAGGAGUGAAGAAAGCAGACGUUGGCUUUUAUCGCUGCGUAGCCACCAAUAUAGCCAACACACGCUAUAGCCACGAAGCGUACCUCAACGUAACCGGAGAGGGAUCUCGCAUCUACAAGGAACCGGUUAUUCUGUCCGGCCCUCAGAACCUCACCAUCACCGUCCAUCAGACGGCCAUCCUGGAAUGUAUUGCCACCGGAAACCCUCGACCCAUCGUGUCUUGGAGUCGACUUGAUGGCAGAUCGAUCGGAGUGGAGGGCAUACAGGUGCUUGGCACAGGUAACCUGAUGAUCUCAGAUGUCUCCCUUCAACAUUCCGGAGUCUAUGUGUGUGCUGCCAACCGGCCUGGUACCAGGAUGAGGCGUACUGCAUUGGGCAGGCUUGUAGUGCAAGCCCCUCCAGAGUUCAUCCAGUGGCCGCAGUCUGUGUCUAAGCCAGCAGGGGGCAGUGCUGUAUUCACUUGUGUUGCUCAGGGAGUCCCUGAACCUCACAUUAUUUGGCUUAAGAAUGGAAAGAUACUCACACCUGGAGAUAAUGUCAAACUCACUAACAAUAACAGCACCCUAGCAGUGACUCGCAUCACGUCCGAAGAUGAGGCGAUAUAUCAGUGCAUCGCUGAAAACACGGCCGGCACUAACCAGGCCAGCGCUCGCCUAGCUGUCUCCCCUGCCAAAGAUCUGCCAGAUCCCCCUCAGGGUCUAAAAGCUACAGCUCUGUCUAAAACAACCCUACAGCUCUCCUGGACUCAACCGCCCGCUGAAGUCACCGACUCCAUCAUUGGAUACGUGCUGCACAUCCGCAAAUAUGGUGAGCCUGAUAGUAAAGAGUUACAGGAAGCGGUGAUUAAAACUACAUUUCAGCAUGACCUCACAAAUCUUGAACCUGCCACCACUUACUCCAUCUACCUGAAGGCUUAUUCUCCUCUGGGAGCCAGUGAACAGUCCAGCAUUGUUGUGGCCACAACACUAGGGGGCGUUCCCAGUCCACCUACAUUCUUCACCAAAGCAAUAAAUACCACGGCAGUCCAGGUCUUGUGGGAGCUGCCAAAUAAGCCUGGCAAAACCGAGGGUUUCCGACUGACCUACCGCAGGGUCCCCAACGGAGUGAUGCAGGGGCCAGUUCAGUUGCCCUGCCAUGUCAACGCACACACCAUUUCUCAUCUUGACAACGGAGCUGUGUAUGAAGUCAAACUAGUGGCUUACAAUGGCAAUGGAGAGAGCGACUGUUCGAAGAAACUGGUUUCACUGGCUGAAGAUGGAGCUACUAGUUCCAAAACCAGUGCAGGGGAGGAGUCCCAAUGUGACUGCAGGGGCGUGGAGAGUUCCCUGAGCAGCAUUGUUAUAGGCAUUCACAUUGGCUUGGCUUGCAUCAUUUUCUGUGUCCUUUUCCUCAUGUUUGGAUAUCGCCGCAGUUUUCUUUGCAGUAAGGGGACACAGGACAGCUGGUCUGUCCCACAGGGUGGAGACGGACACCACACUCAAAGCAAUAACAUCCCUAAAGAGGCAGUAACACGGCCUGCUCAAGGGAUUGAAUUAGUGCCACAGGGUCAAAAUGCAGAUCGCCAGGCCCAAUGCCAGGUUCUUAUAGAGCAGCACUCAUCCAAUCUGCCAGGCACAGGCACUGGCUAACACUUUACCCUUCAUCCUAGAGAUCAAAAUCCCUGUGGUUCCUCUGCCUGGCCUGCCCACCAAAGUCCCCUUUAAUCCCAUUCAUAUCUGCCCUUUUAACAAAUCUGCUGCUAGUGUUUAGGGUGUUAUUGAUCCUGUCUCAUCUACUUUAGAAAGCCGGAGUCCCUUAAUAUUUGUACGCCAAAUGAUAGCCUUAGGAGGGACUGUAGACCAUUUUAGUUGAUUUAACUAUAAGACCUUUAUGUUUUAUUACCAAAGGACUUUCUGCUAAAACCAAAACUUUCCCUUUGCAUCGUGUCCUCUGGUAAUGAAAUGUAGCCAUACUAAUAAUCCAACCAUUUUAAUAAUCCAUCUACAGUUCUAUAAAAAACUCCAAAGCAAGAUUUAGUGAACUACAUGAACAAUGCUGACCCAAAACAUCUUUUCAGUUGAAAUGACUGAAGGGAACAGAGGUCUGUUCCCUUUAUUAGCCUUAGCUCGGAAAUGCCAAGAUAAAUGACGUGGCCUUGCUUGUGCGUUUCGCGUUUGGUUGCGCGAUUCCAAAUAAAUAGAUUGUUAUAUGUUUCACCGUGCAUGCCUAGAGGCAGGACAGCCCAGGGGAACCAUAAAGGUGACUGAUUCUUUCCACCUUCCUGUUUCCUAUCCCUUAAUACUCACCAAAAGCUGUGUACGUCCAAAGAUAGCUACCUCAGAAUGUUAUGCCGUGGCCAACAUAUCAGCUUUCUGCUGAUAAAGCACGCCUACCUCAGCCAAAAAGAUUUACAGAUACCUUCUGCUCGUCCCAGUGCCUGUGCCAGCUGCCUCCAGAACCUCCAUUCGGGUACCCGUCUGGUCGACUGCCAUGGAGAGUGUGACCAAGGCUUGGAUAAUUGCUGCCCAUCCUCUGGCCAAAAAAUAUUGCCUUAGCAGACAAAAGCUGCCGGGGAAACUCCUCCUCGGUUUUUCGAACUCCUUAAAAAUGUGUUAAUGCUGAGAUAUAUACUUUAAAAACACCUUCGAUGGGAUAGUAGCUUGGAUUCAUGAUGACUUGGCCAACUUCAAACCACUGAUGUUGCUAAACUCCAAAGAAUAAGAUGAAAAGCAGGAUUUCGUUCAAAGAUUGUGAUAUGGAAAGUAUGGACCUUCAAGAAUUUGUCUGUUACCAUGACAUAUAUGGCUAAUGAGAUGAGUUCAGGCCUUUCCAUGGAGAUACCACAAAAAACCAAAAGGAUACUCUUAGGAUACUCGUAAUUUGCUUUCACCAAGGAAUUCUUGAUGGCAUCAAGAGGAUGUUUAUCCAAAGUCAAACAAGUGCUUCUUUUCCAGCCAAACCAACUGGUCUUUUCUCCAGAUGCCAAAUCGGUUGCCAUGGGAACUUGAAGGAGCUGUGAGGUGAUGGUUGAUUUGAGAAGCCUCUGUGUUUCUCCUCGCCAAACAAAUGGGCAUGGCAGCAGAUUAUCCAAAAAUGCUUUAGAUAUGAAAACCAAGCUUUAUGAUAUCCAAAGAUGUAAAGAUGUUUAAGGUUUUCACUUCUUUAGAUAAACCUAAGCCGUUGUGUUGAUGUUUUGCAGUUCGUGUUUAAAGGGAAGUCGCAAUAGAAUCUAUUUUAUUCAUGGGAUCCAAAAUAAUGAGUUUUAAAUGUAUAAGCCGGUCAAUUGCCAAACUUUACCCAUCUUCCCUUUUUUGACAUCGAACUGACAUAUUUUUGUUGGCUUUUAACGUUUAAAUGAUAACCAAAAUGAAAAUGGGAUAUAUUUUCAAGGAGAUUUUAUAUGUUGAUACAAGAGAAGGAACAUUUUUGUCCUCUUUAUGAUAAUAGAGUUGAAUUUGCCAAAUAGUAGAAUAAUAAUAAUAAUAAUACCAAAUACCUCUUUCGUAUUUAAUAUUCAUUGUCUUUAUAUUUUGUAACACACUUCAUUACCAAAGCACAGAAACAUACAUGUGUACAUAUGGAUGAUUUCAUUUACAGUAUGUGUCAAUACAUAAAUGUGUGUGUGUGUUUCCCAGACAGCAAAUGACUCUGGGCCGGAUCCGCACUGGAGCUGCUGACUUCCAUGCGGAUCUGGCCCGGAAUCGUCUGCUGUUUGGGUGGUGAUUGGACAACAGUAAGUCAAACCUGGGGUCAUUUGAGGUCAAAGAUAUCAUGUCAAAAAGAGUCAAGGGAACUAAGUCGAUACAGUAAAAUUUGAACAGAACCAAAGAACUUGACUUUUUACUGAUAUGUAUCAAGAAACAUGUAAACAUGCUUUGUUUUAUUGUAUAGAGCUGGAAUCUGCUUUCCUAAAGAUGCCUAUACUUUACUUCAGGUUGAUCUUUUAACACAAUGAGUGUUAAAUGUUUACCCACAAUCACUGCUGUCAUGUUGAAUUUCAAAGAACUGAAAUAGAUUUUAGAUUUUUAGCUGGAUGGCGUGAUAUGUGUAUUGUGGUAAACCUUAGAUUGCUCGUAUUUUAAACACAAUGUUUGGUUCUUUUUGUAGGACUUUUCUUAUACUCUGUUUCACAAUGUUGUCAUGGUACCUACCUUGGUUUGGAAAGAUGGCAAAUAUUAUUGUUCCUUUUUUUGUAAUAUUAUUAAUAAUAUUUUAAUUAUUGUGUUUUUAUUUUUCCAUUUUGAUAAACAAUUUAUUUUUAUUUCUCUUUAGCAGACGAACGAGAAUAUGAAAGUAAUUGUUAGGAACGUUAAAAAAAACUGUGGGCCAAAUGCAGCGGGUAAUAUUUGAGAUUUACAAUGUUUUUAUAGCUGAAUUUCUGUAAAUCAUCCAUCUGAGUUCCAUCAUACGAUACAUCUGUUUGCAUUGUGACCCACUGAUUAGAAAAAAACAUAGUUGAGACUUAGAGUUUAAGGGCUAGAACCAAUGAAGAUAAACAAUGCUUUAACAUGUACUUGUCAUUUUUACCUGAGAAAAGCUUUAAACACUUUGAGACUGUGAUGUCUUCAACCAAAAAGACAGAGAAAGAGACUGUUUUCCAGAAAUUGGAAAAUUACAGAGCUGCCAUAAAUGAGGAAUACAGUAGAUUAAGUACUGUCUCUAUAAAACAAAUGUUGAUUCAACUUAAAAAAGUAAGUUAUGGUUGCCUUCAAAUGUUUUGUUAAUUCAACUUAAUUUUAAAUUAGAUUAAAAUUUUAAGGCAACAAGGUUACUUACUUUUCUAAAUCGAACAGUUUAGCAACACAACAUAUUUUUCAAUACAGUUUUCAGGUUUCCACAUUAUAAAAUAUCUGUGUCUGUGAAACUUGAUUUUCUGUGUAAGGCUAAAUGUACAGAAUUGAUCUUUCUGCACAAUAAGAUGCGUAGGCGAAGUUUGUAUGGGAUCAAACUGCUAUUCAAAGCACAUUUACUGCAGUCUAAUUGGCAUUCUGGAAUAUAGAUUAUGUCAUCAAAAAUGUCAAGAGAUCAGACCCAUGAGUGUUUGCAUUGCAUCCUUUAUUGUUUUACUAACUUGUACACCAGCUGAAUUCACAAGUACCUACUUGAGGCUUCUUGAUGAAUUCCUUGUUUAGGGUGAGAUCAUGUCUGUCAUCACGUCGCAACCAAUGGGGCUGUCUUUAACAAGAUUUUCUUGCUUACAUCUCUCUUGAUUAAGGUGACUUUUGUAAUAGCACAGUCUCUGAUCUCUGGUUCUCCUCAUUUGUUCAAAUUCCAGGACGCCUGAAACCAAAUAAAA